UCAACGGUCACAUCUGCGUCUCACUAUGUAACUGUUAUUUAUAUAAAUUUUAACGAUUUUCCAAUUAACAGUUUGUGUUGGAUGCUGGCCGUGCUGGAUCACUUUCUCAUGCGACUGUGAGGAGCUGCUUCUCUCCUGGCUGGUUCCGUCCUCCUGUUAUGGCGUCCGUGUACAGCGGAUCCCACACCUUGAGCAAGGAUGAUGUGAAUUACAGAAUGCAUUUCCGAAUGAUAAACGAGCAGCAGGUUGAGGAUAUCACUAUAGAGUUUUUCUACAGGCCGCACACGAUAACGCUGCUGACAUGCACGGUGCUCAGUCUGAUGUAUUUCGCGUUCGCAAGGGAUGAUGGAAAUCCUGACAGUAAUCUCUGGGUGGGGCUCAUCCUGGUCAUCUCCUUCUUCCUUGUUAUCAGUGUUUUGGCAUUUCCUAACGGUCCAUUCACCAGACCACAUCCAGCAAUAUGGCGAAUUGUUUUUGGUCUGAGUGUCCUCUACUUCCUGUUCCUGGUUUUAAUCAUCUUCCUCAACUGGAAGCAGGUGAAGGAGCUAAUGUAUUGGUUAGACUCAAACCUGCGUUAUGCCAAGAGAGAGGCAGACAUAAUGGACUAUGCUGUGAACUGCCAUGUCAUCACCUGGGAGAGAAUCAUGAGCCAUUUUGACAUUUUUGCCUUCAGUCAUUUCUGGGGCUGGGGUAUGAAAGCCCUGCUCAUUCGAAGCUAUGGCCUCUGCUGGACCAUCAGUAUUACCUGGGAGCUUACUGAGCUGUUCUUCAUGCAUCUGCUGCCUAACUUUGCUGAGUGCUGGUGGGACCAAGUGAUUCUAGACAUUCUGCUGUGUAAUGGAGGAGGCAUCUGGCUUGGCAUGACUGUCUGCCGCUUUUUGGAGAUGAGGACCUACCACUGGGCCAGUAUUAAAGACAUCCACACCACAACAGGGAAGAUCAAACGAGCUGCGUUACAGUUCACCCCUGCAAGCUGGACCUACGUACGCUGGCUGGACCCAAAGUCUUCCCUGCAGCGAGUGAUGGGCGUCUAUCUGUUCAUGAUCAUCUGGCAGCUUACAGAGUUAAACACAUUCUUCCUCAAGCACAUUUUCAUCUUUCCUGCAAGCCAUGCUCUUAGCUGGUGUCGGAUUCUGUUCAUUGGUAUCAUCACAGCUCCAACAGUGAGGCAGUAUUAUGCGUACCUUACAGACACACAGUGCAAGAGAGUUGGGACCCAGUGCUGGGUGUUUGGGGCAAUAGCCUUUCUGGAGGCCUUGGCGUGUAUUAAGUUUGGACAGGACUUGUUCUCAAAAACCCAGAUCCUCUACGUGAUCCUCUGGUUGCUGUGUUUGGCCUUUAUUACAUUCCUGUGCCUGUAUGGAAUGGUGUGGUAUGCUGAAAAUUAUGGUCCAAAAGAAAAGAGCUUCUCAGAAUGUGAAGACAGUAAUUACAGUGAAUUUGAUGACCAGGUGUCAGAAGUAUUUAAAGAAGAGACAGAGCUGGACAACGACAGCCCGAAAACCAGACGUAGAGGGAAGGGCUCUGGAAAGACCAAAUCCAUCAAUGGCCUGGACAGCCAGUAGGAGUUUGACCCGGAGGCUGGUGUGCGACUCCCAAACUGACUCAAAGCAGCCAGGUGGGAAGGAUCAUAGGUUGAAAUGGGGUAAAUGAUACAACAACUUCCUGGUGUAAUUAAAGUCUAGAAAGCCCCCACCUACAAUUGAGGGAGUGGAGCCAGGAUAGACUGAGUGGAUGAACAGGCCCAUGCAAUGUUAUUAGGAGUGGGAGUGCACAGAGGCUUGGACUACAGAGAUGCACACUUGACUGUGUGCUCUAGUCA